CUCUGCUAUGAUUCUGAAUUGAGCUAUUGGGAUCAGAAGAGGCUUCGCAGAAAUUGUGAGGCACGUGUAGAGUAGUCUGCUAGAUCACAUUUUCAGAACGAACAACAAGCACAAAGUUCUUGUUCCAAACCAUCUUGAAUUACUUGCCGCCAAAAUUACGCGUCGUCAUAAUCACAGGGGUAGCGUACACAUUUAAGAUGUCGGUCUGCGACGAUGACUGGUUGGACGAUAUCGAAGAUAUUGUAGGAGAAGGAGACUUGACGGGAUUGGAAAGAUCUAUAGCCAGGUCUAAUGCAGUUGGGAAACGAGUUAAGAAAGUCCCCAGUUGCAAAGAUCCAGCAAAAGCAAACCACAUUGAUCAUCCAUCGGAGAAAAAUGGAAGCAUUAUUCCUGGAACCCAAAAAAUCUGGGUGAAAACUUGGGGGUGUGCACACAAUAGUUCUGACUCUGAGUACAUGGCAGGCCAACUCGCAGCCUAUGGCUAUUUGUUGACAGAUGCCAAAUAUGAAGCAGAUUUGUGGCUUCUGAACUCAUGCACUGUCAAAACACCAGCAGAAGAUCAUUUUAAAAAUGAAAUUGAUGACGGAAGAGCUAGAGGUACACCAGUUGUCGUAGCAGGAUGUGUUCCACAGGGACAACCAAAAGCAAACUAUUUGCAAGGGUUGAGCAUCAUCGGCGUUCAGCAAAUAGACAGGGUGGUCGAAGUUGUAGAGGAAACUCUGAAAGGUCAUUCUGUGCGUCUUUUGGGCACGAAAAAGGACGCAGAAAAGAAGAAAGCCGGAGGAGCAUCGUUGCUGUUGCCUAAAAUUCGCAAGAAUCCAUUGAUAGAAAUCAUCCCAAUCAAUACCGGUUGCUUGAAUCAGUGCACCUACUGCAAGACGAAGCAUGCUAGAGGAGAACUGGGCAGUUAUCCUCCGGAAGAAAUCGUAGCUCGUGCAAUUCAAUCUUUCCAAGAAGGCGUUUGUGAAAUUUGGUUGACAUCAGAAGAUACAGGCGCUUACGGCAGAGAUAUUGGCACUUCCUUGCCGGAACUCUUGAGACAACUUGUUCGAGUGAUUCCAGAUGGAUGUAUGCUCCGAUUAGGCAUGACUAAUCCUCCCUAUAUCUUGGAACAUCUCGAGGCGAUUGCCGAGAUCCUGAAUCAUCCUCGAGUUUAUGCCUUCCUUCAUUUACCUGUUCAGUCCGGAAGCGAUGCCGUCCUGUCUGACAUGAAGCGAGAAUAUUGCGUAGCGGACUUUGAGAGAGUAGUGAAUUUUCUUCGUGAUCGCGUACCAGGCAUAUCGAUCGCCACGGACAUCAUUUGUGGUUUCCCGACCGAGACCGAACAAGAUUUUGAUUCUACGAUGGAACUUUGUUCUAAAUAUCGGUUUCCAAGUUUAUUCAUUAAUCAAUUCUUUCCACGACAAGGCACGCCCGCCUAUCGCAUGGAACGUGUCCCAACCAAACAGGUUAAAAAUCGAACCAAAAGACUGAGUGAAUUGUUCAAAUCUUAUCAGCCAUACGACAGUCAAGUUGGUCAACGGCAGUCGAUUCUGGUAACUGACAUAUCUCACGACAAGAAUUACUACGUCGGCCACAACAAGGAGUACGUCCAGGUGCUGGUACCAAUGGAUCCUGACUACAUGGGGAAAAUGGUGGAUGUUCUUAUCGUUUCUGCAAGUAAGUUUUCGCUAAUGAGCGAACCACUGACUAGUCCCAAACGUCCCGACGUGCCUGAAGCUCUGGAAAAAGGUCAAAUAUCCGGACUGGUUACUGAAAGCCACAGCAGCUCUAAUGAUUCGCUAUCCAGCCAUAUGAUUAGUCCAUUGUGGCCGUUGUUGGGACUCUCAGUCGUUGUCGGCCUAAGGUUGGCCUGGAUUAUAUACGGGCGCGGACGUCGGUAAAUAUACGGAGAAAAGACAAAGCAGUAACUUUGUUGGAUCGCCCUUUACUUACCUUAUAAUUAUUUUAUUGGUCUUGCUAUCCCAUAUACGAUUCAUUCUCAUUGUUA